ACAUGCUAAAUCCUUUCACUUUCAUUUCUUCAUUAUAGUUCCUUCGUUCUUCCUCUUGAAAAACAGACCAGGCAGAGAUGGCAGCGACCAGUCCUAACAUCUAGAAGGCCACAACCUGGGGUCCAUAGCAUUGGCCUAUUGAGAAUUGAGUUCAAGGAUCUACACAAAUGGAGAAAAAGAAGGUGCGUGUGGAUGGAAUUCCAUCUGAUAUUCCACCUGAACGUGCCAAGGACAAACUCUUCAUCCACUUCCUGAGAGCCCGUAAUGGAGGAGGAGAGAUAGAACAGCUUGAGUUCCUACCCGGCCCUCCUGCAUAUGCCCUCAUUACUUUUGAAGAAAACAAAGUGGCGGAAAGGAUCCUGGAAACCAGAGAUCAUAACUUAACAGUAAACGGAAAGAUUUACGUUCUGGCUGUUAGUGAGGUCUGUGACAAGCUGGAACCAGACAAGAUAUUUGAGAAUUUAUCACUGACUGUCAACUACAAACGACUUCCAGAACACUGUAAAAACAUUAUGAGGAAUUUGAGCACAUCCCAUGCAGAUCUCCAGUGCAGGUUGGAUGAAAACAAGAAAACAUGUAUUGUCAGUGGAGCCUACACAAAGGUUCAAUCCCUAAGUAUGGAAAUCUUGAGCAUGCUGGGCACUGGGGAUAUAAAUACAGAGAGGGAGCCAAAGCAAAUUGAAAGCAAAACUAAGAGUGACCUAGAGAAGAUCAUCUCCUCUGCACCUCUAGAGCUCAGGGAUACAUCACAAACUACAGCUGAAAAAUAUUUUCAAGACUCGCCUUAUUUAGAAGAGGAUCAGAAAUUAUAUUCAGGGGCUGAAGCACCAGAGCAAGGAGAAGAACCUUUAGUGUGGGACACUGACAUCUACAAGUACAUACAAAGAUUGCUCAGGGAGGAAUAUCAACAUAUAUUAAAAAAGCACAACGUUAAGGUAGUGGAUACAAGCUUUGAUGAGAUCACCUCUUUAUACCUCCAGAGUGUAACUGAGGAUGACAGAAAAAGGGGAGACUUAUUUAAUGCUCGCUGUGAGCUUUUGAGUCUCUACCAGGAAUUAGAAUUUAGGCUUCGCAAAGAGCAGAUUGGCAAAAUAUUGUUAAAGCUUGAUAAGGAUUCCAUGAGGGAAGUUUUCCGAGACAUCCACACACAAUGGCCUGGGGUCUUUUGCCAAGAAGAUAAGAAAAACAUCUAUUUUAUUGGAGAUGGGAGUGAUGUUGCACAUGCCAAAAACCAUGUUAUAAAACGUUAUAUGUUUAAAUCUUUACCUGACCUAGAAAUGGAUCUUAAACAGAGUCACCAAAAGAAAGAUGAGUUGGCUGGGUUAAAAACCCAAUCAAAUACAUAUAAAACUCCUCAAUCAGAAGACAGACUAGAAGCAAUAUCUAAUCAGCCUAGCAGCCACACUGCUUCCUCAUUAAGUAGUUACCCCUACAGCCAAUAUAAGGAGCUCCCUCUAAGUAAGAAAAUGCUGCUGCAGGAACCAGAAAAGGGUAAAUACCAAAGACCAGGUCUUCACGUUGACUUACUAAAGAGCCACAAAAAUGGACGUUAUGGGUUUAGGGAGAACGAAAGUCUGCAAACAGAUAAAAACCCUGGAGAAAGAAGCCUUAAGCGGUCGGAUGUUGCCACAACACUGAAAACAAAUGAAACAAAGGAUGUCAGAAAAGCUGGUCCAGUGAAACCUGUCCCACUGCAGUACUCAAGCCUUGUGGACAUGGACUUUUCAACCUCAAAGUUGCUGGAAACUGGAACUAACAAAACUGGAAUCCGUAGAUCCAAUAGCUUCUCACAUUUAUAUUCAAAAGAGAAAUGUGCAUCUGACAAACAGGGCAGCUCACCUCAAACUCUUCCUAAAGCUGAAAUCUAUGUGGAUAACAGACUCUGGACAUAUCUAAAGGAUGCCUACAGAUCUGAUAUUGACCGUCUGUGCAGUGGAAUAAUACUAACUGAAGAAGAAAAGAAAAAGAUUGUUAUCCUGACCUUACAGGCAGAUAGCAGAUCUACUUUGUUCACCGCAAAAGAAAAUAUCCAGUCAUUCUAUGAGAAGAAGAGUAACAGUAUUGUUUAUAAGAAUUUAACCUACUCGGCGCUUCAGGCGAAAGGUCCAGACGACAAAGCACUAGAGGACUUGCGCACUGCAUUUGAGCACUGCUCUGACAAGAUUCGUAUUCAUGCGGACAAAGACAUGGUACAACUCACAUAUCCAGAAGAGAUACAAUCAAAAGCUAUUGAAGUCUACAAUCUGUUUAUAGAAAGCAGAAAUACACCUCCGGCACCUUUAUCUCUAUCUAUGGUCUCUUUGGGAAGUAAUGAACAGAAUUAUGAAUCAAACCUUGGAAUAGGUCAAUUUACAACAAAUUAUACUUUUUCAAACAUUGUUCCCAGAACAGGACUGGAGAGUCAGAAGAACACAUCUCUGGGGGACUUUGACUUAUUUUCACCUAAAAGUAAUGGAAGUGUUCCAUAUUAUAUGACUCAGAAAUCACUUGAAGGCAAUAUUCCAUCAGAUGCACAGAUGCCUUCAUACACAAGAACUCUUCCAGACUGCUCAAAUAUCGGUGGGUUUUUUGAGGAACCAGACCCUUACAAGGUAAAAAGUUCUCUUCCAAGUACAUUUCAGCUGGACAGAGGGAGAACAAUGGAAGACAAAAUGGAACAAAUAUUUGAUGAUUUCAGAACUUCCUUGGUAAUUAAUGAACAGUUCAACUCCGAGGAGCAGGAGAAGGAAAGAGAAGAGCUUAGUAAAAAGGAAGCUGAGAAAGACAACACAACGAAGAAUCUGAUUCAAAAGGAAGACAUAACAUUACAAGAGGAAAAAAGGAUCCCUGCAAACGGACAAGAGUCAAUAAAGAAAGGAAAAGUUUGUGAUUUGUGUAAAGUCAGCAUGACACUUGUUCCAUGUGGCCAUUACCAAUGCAAUAAUUGUGAAUCACCAGUACAGGACAAAUGCCACAUUUGCAGUUCAGCUGUUCCCGCACAGGACAGUUCUGGGCUGAAAGCCACAAUGGUUUAUACUCAAAUGAGCUUGAGCCUGCAAGGGUAUGAGAGAAACCCUACUUUGAAAAUAAUAUAUGAUGUACCUGAUGGAAUACAGGGGGCCGGACAUCCUCACCCAGGAAGCCCAUAUAAAGGGGGGCGAUUUGAAGCAUAUGUUCCUGAUAACCAUGAAGGGAAAAAACUUCUUGUUUUAUUGGAAAAGGCUCUCAGCCAAGGCUUAACAUUCCAAAUAAGGAACUUUGAGUCGUGCGAUAAAGUGACAUGGAAUUAUAUUCCACAUAAAACGUCCCCAGAUGGAGGCAAAGCAAAAAAUGGAUAUCCCGAUUCAUCCUACAUUAAAACCCUGAUGAAACUGUUGCAGUCUUAUGGCAUUGAGUGAACAUCAGUUCCCCAGGGACAGUGGAGAGAUUCCUUAUGUAAGACUUAUAAGAGAUUUGCCUAUGGGCCAAUGGAAAUGUUCUUUAAAAUACAUAUAUAAAUCCUGGUGACUUUGUAUCUUAAAGACCAGCCUUGUUGUACAGAUAUAAAGGAGUGUGACUUUGUAUAUACACACACACACACAAACUCUACACAGUUACACAGGAAAAACUAAUCAAAUCAAUAACCAUGGAUGAUUUUUAAGAUACGAUGAUAAGUUUUCAAAAAAAAAUAAUUAUUUUUCUUUACUUUUUUGGGUAAUUAAUUACAGGCAUGAUAAUAUUAAGCAUUUUUGUGCCCAAGAAGCAAAGCACUUGAAAUCAAUCCGCAUUGAGUGAACGGGAACCGCUGGCCCUGUCAAGUGUGUAUUGCUCAAAUACUUGGAGGAGAUUGCAGUUCACUUUGAAUUGGGGGCGAUUUUUAAAGGGGUAGUUCACCUUCAAACAACUAUUUGUUUUCAGAUAGACGACUUUUUCAAAUUACUUUCUAUUU